CAAAAAGCCACAACAACAACAUCAUCGAGUGCUUGUGUUCUUCAUCAUCAGAGAUUGCAAUUUAAUCAGUUGAGAUUUAUUCCGGAUUUAAAAAUGGUGGAAAAGCAAAGUUUUGAUUUACCUGUUUUUUGUGCCAUCACUGGUAAAUUGUUAUCGAAUAGUGCCAAUCAAUUGGAGAACAAAUCAUCAAACCAAUACGGAACUUUUGUUUUGAAAAAUCAGAUCAAGAAUUGUUAUUACUUUUACGAUCCGUCCAUAUCAAUUGAAUCAGUGAAUGAUCUUUUUAAUAGAUUUGAGAAAAAGACGUUAAAUAAUUUGCCAAACGAUGUAGAUGAUAUGCAAGAUACAAAGGGAAGAGUUUUUAUUAAAGCUUCCCAUUUGAAACAUGCUGUUCAAGUUUUAGAUGAAGUGUUCAAUCAAUGUAGUGAAUUGUACAAUAAUAUUAGCCAUAGAAAGGAUGCUAUGCAUACUUGUUUGAACAAUUUAUUGGAUCAAAAGUUGGGAGAUUUGUCAGACAGUUCAAAGAAGGAGUUGGAAGAAAUUGGUGAAGAAUUUAGAGAAUUCCAAAAGAAAUUCAGUUCAGCCGACGAUAUUAUUCAAUUGAUGAGAUCAACCAAAGACAAUGCUCUCUUAAAAGUUACCAAUGAAGAUGAACAAAAGAUAAAGGAAAAGUAUGAAGUUGUAAUUGAAUGUUUGAAAAUUGAAAAGUACAUCUUGAAGGCAGUCAAAUCAUCUGAAGAAAAAGUACAAACAAUUCAAAAGUCAGAAGAAUCAGAAAAAUUACUCCACCUCUAUGAGAGUAUUGUAGAAGUUUGGGAAAAGAUUGAAACUUGGACACCACUUAAGGAACAAAUCGUAGAAACCAUUGGUAAGACAUCAUCAGUGAGUGGAGAGUUGCCAUUAUCAAAUUUUGAAAUUACUCUUGACACUUUGAUUGAAAAGGCCCACAUCAAGUACAACCUUCUCCAAAAUUCAAUGAAUGAGUUGAUGGGAUACUGUAUUGAUUGUAAUAUUCCACUUUCAUCACUCAUGAAAGAACUCAAUACUCUCAAUCUUACCAUUGAGACAUGCUUACACUCUGUAAAUACCUACAAGGAAGGAGUUAAUUUGCUAAGAAGACUCAGAUUCCUUUCUACAUUACCUAACCUCUAUCAAAUCUCAAUGCAUGAAGUUGUUAGAAGAAAGCAACAAUUCAAAGCACAAAAGCUUGAAAAUGACACUAUGAAUACUGUUGAACAAAUUAUUUGGAUUAACUGCCAACUCGAAAAUGAGAAGAGAGAAGAAUUUGAAGAACAAGUUCGUAGAUUGGCUCCUGAUCCAAAAUACAUCAAGGAACUUAACAAGUUGGUACCUGGAUUGAUUGGUGAGAGAGUGAGUAGUAAGGUUCUCGUCUCGAGAGUUCAACAAUUCAUGACUAGUAUGCUCAGAUCCGUUGACUCAGGGUUGCCAGACAUUACUAAAUUGGAGGAUAUUGAAUUCUUUGUUUCUUCUCCAAAUACUGAAAAGAAUAAUGCUCUUGGUGAUACUGUCAUUAUUGAUAAUGAUUUUACACAAAGUAUGCUUGCAUCAACCAUGACUAGAAGUACCCUCAUCACUCAUGUAGUUAAUAAGCUCCCAGAGGUAAAUAGACACAUUGAUGAACAACUCGAGCACAUCAAACAAUUGGAAACUCCUCCAAAGGAAGAAGUUGUAGUUGAAGAAACUCCAAUUCAAAAGAAGCACCAAGAAAUUUCUGAAUUCUACUCUGGUCUUAUGGCAGCUGCUGCCAACAUUCCAACCUGUAUCAAGACUAAGGGUAGAGAAGUAGAAUUGGAAGCUGAAAUUCUCAAACUCAGAAAUGAGCUUGACUCUCAUAGAAAUUUAUUCGAAAGUCUCAAAUAUCAACUCAAAGAGGAACAAAGAAGUUAUCAAGAACAAUUGAACAGCAAGACUAUUGCCUACAACAAGAUUGAAAAGGAUUAUGAGUUGUUAAAGAGUAAAUAUCAAGAAAUGGAUAAGCAAAUGAGCACCCUCAGUAUCAAAUUAAUUGACCAAGACCAGAAAAUGAGAGAAAUUAGAGAAAAGGCAAACUCUGCCGAAACUUUGUCUCUUGAAUUGGAUCAAGCCAGAAAGGAACUUCAAUCCAUGAAAGACUUACGUAUCAAACAAGGCAAUGAUGAGGUAAGACACCUUGCUACUCUGAAUGAUCAGUUACAACAAGCUGUCAAGCAAUUGCAAACCAAGCUCACCAGUACUGAGGAACAAGCAGCCCAAUCUAAAAAGAUGUUUAACAAGAAGAUUGAAGAGCUACAGGCCAGUAUUGACAAUUCGAGUGAGACCUCAGUCAUUCAACUCAAGGUUAUUGCAACUUUGAAGGACAGUUUGGAAUCUGAAAAGAAGAAACUUAAGAAGGCUGAACAAGACAAGGCAACCCUAAAGACUGAAUUGGAGAAGCUCAAGGAACAAAUAAUGAAAGAACAAAGCUCCAAGACAAGCAGCAGUGGAUCUUCUUCGAACAAGCAAGAAAUAUCUAUUGGAGAUUCGGCCCAAUUCUCACCAGUCAAGAUUGGUGGAAAGAUCUAUUGGCAAGCAGCCACUAGAACCAACAAGUACUUCCUCUCUCCAGAAACCAUUGAAGCACUUCAAUCAUACUAUCAAGACAAUUUCCAAAACCAACAUACCCUUGUUGUGAAUGUUAUCGAGCUUAAUGCAGUGAACUCUAUGAAUGAGCAAGAAAAUCCAUACCAAUUCAAUUUCCCUCACUCACUAGUUACUGGGUAUAUUUUGUAGAGUGUAUAAAACUAACAACUACGUAUUAAUAGUAAACUGAAAUAUCUACUCUUGUGGAUUUGUUU